AUGUCCGCGCGCCCACCCGUCCACGCCACUACACGAUCCGCGGCAAAGCAAAAAAGACACCGGACCCGGUCAGGCUGCGUGGUGUGUAAGCGACGGAAAAUCAAAUGCGACGAGGCAAAACCGGCUUGUAGCCCGUGCCGCUCACGCAGCCUCGCCUGUACCUACGAUCGCAACGCCGCGAUCGCCCGGGCGAACAGUGACGCAAGACAUGCAUCCACAGCUCCAAGGGCGACUGAAGCAGCUUCAAGUUGGGGUUCUUCACCAGAACCGGUGGCGAACAGGGCUCGGUCGUCCAUUCUGACCCAUGAUGCCGGGAAUUCCCAGGCUGAGGAGCCACUCGCCAAGGCGUUCUGCGCCCAAAUGACUCGCAAUAUUAUCCGCAGCGUGGACUGUCCGGGAAACCCCCAUCUGGAUGUGUUCAAAUCGCUGAUGCGGUCUCCGACUGUCCUCCACGCAUUGCGUGCUCUCGCCAGCCUCCAUGUUCCCGGCUGUGCGUGUCCGGAGGAAAGUGCUCGGGCCCGAACGGCCAGUCUGCGGGAUCAAGGAACGGCCAUCCAGCUGCUGAACCGUGAUCUCCAGAACCCUAAGCUCGCGCAUUCCGACGCUGUUCUUGCAGCCACCAUCCUACUUUACCUGUUCGAGAAGGCAUAUGACCCAGACAACGAAAACCACUUAAGCUACUUCGAAGGCGCCCGCACCCUAAUCCAUCAGCGCUUCUUCACCGUUAGAGACGUAGCACCGCAAGGCGACGAAGUCUCCUGGGCGACCAGGGUCCUGGUGAAGACAUUCGCCUGGAACAAUGUAAUGACGAUUGUGUCGAAGCCGUUCCUGUUCCAGGACCGAGACCUCGACGUUCUGAGAUUAACGGACCUGCUGAACCUGAAGAGCGACCAGAACCUGUACCUGCUCGGCUGGGCAAAGGAUGCAUUCUGGCUAAUGACAGACCUCGCGGCUUUCACCCAGUGUUCAAUCCCCCCCGACCCGAAUAACGUAGCGUGGCGGAUGAGAAUGCUUCCUCGAGCCAUGCGCGUGGAAAAGAGGCUGAAGGGUUAUACGGUGACGCUCGACUCGGUGAAAUACUACAUGGGCAAGGUUGAAGUUGCCGAGAACGUCACAAGGCACUGCCUAGCGACAACUGAGCUGCUUCGUCGGACCUCGUUGCUUUAUCUGUACCAGGUCAUGCCGGAUAUGAUGCCAGUGUUUCUGGUCGAUGAUCUGGCGUAUGACUUGCUCCAGCAACUGAAUUCAAUCCCGAAGGAUAGCCCGAUGAUCGCGUAUCAUGGAUGGAUUCUUCUUACCGUCGGAGCGCAGUGUCUGGAUCCUGUGGACCGCGGGUUGGUGCUGGAGAGAUUGGAGCUCAGCCAUGGGAAAUUUCAGUUAUCGUCGGUUGCGGCGAACGCGACCAGAUUGCUUCUAGAGGUUUGGAGACGAAGAGAUGAAGGGCUCAAGGACGGAACAUAUACGAGCCGUGUGGGCGUUGGGCACUGGACAGAUGUGUUGAGAGAUAUCGGACCGAAUCUGGCUUAUGUUUGA